AUGGACAAUGAGUUUCUCUGUAAUUUCAGUUGUUUUAAAGUUGAAGACACUGAGAUGAUGUAUCCAGGGACAGACUGUGACAUCAAACAGGCAGCCAUUGCUUGUCGAGGGGUCUGUCUCUCCUAUGGGAAGCUGAAUGUACUCGAUAACUUUAACUUGACACUACCACAGGGCCAGAUAUAUGGACUGCUAGGUCCCAGCGGCUGUGGGAAAACAACCUUUUUCCAGUGUGCUUUGGGAAGAUUAAAUAUCUCAAAGGGGACUAUUACAAUCCUGGGGAAGCCUCCAGCAUUCCCAGGUCACCAGGUACCAGGCAGGAUUGUGGGAUACAUGCCUCAGGAAUUAGCCUUAUACAGUGAGUUUACUAUUCGGGAUACCUUCUGGUUCUUUGGUCGAAUUCAUGGACUGACCCACAACAACAUUGAAUCUCGUCUCUCAUUCCUCAUAAACUUUCUCGAUCUUCCUGAACAGAAUAAACUUGUCAAACAUCUCAGUGGUGGUCAGAAACGGCGUGUAUCCCUUGGAGCUGCUUUACUCCAGGAACCUCAGCUUCCCUUAUUGGAUGAGCCUACUGUUGGAGUAGAUCCUGUUUUACGAGCCAGGAUAUGGCAACAUCUGGUUGAUGUGGUGAAAGAUCGAAAGGUAUCAGUGAUCAUAACAACUCAUUAUACCGAGGAAGCAAGCCAGGCUGACGUGGUUGGGUUAAUGAGGAACAGUAAGCUACUGGCCGAAGCUCCACCUGAUUAUUUAAUAAGAUUCCACAACGUCGCAACCUUGGAGAAUGUCUUCCUAAAGUUGUGUAAAGCCUCAGAUCAAUCAUCUGCAAGGGUCUCUGCUGGUAUCUGUCACAGGAAGCGAACUGCCCAAGGGAACAGUGAGGAGGAAACUGUCCCCCUGCUCCCACAGGAAACUAGCCCCAAGCUCCCAGUAAGCUACAGGAUGUGGAUGAAAAGCCUGAUUCCUAAAUGGAGGAAUAUUGUGGCUUUAAUCAUUAAAACAUUCACCAGAAUCUGGAGGAUGCCUGGAUAAGUUCUGUUUCUUGCUUUCCAGUUCCUGCUGCCAGUCCUACAGAUCUCCCUGAUCUGUCUCUGUAUUGGACGUACUCCUGAGAAUCUACCUGUUGCUGUGGUGAACAAUGAUACAGGACAACCUGCCCUGAGCGAGACCUUCCUGCUGCAUUUUGACAACAAAACAAUCGUCCAGAUUCACACAAACCAGUUAGAUGCCAUUGAGGGAAUAAUCGAUGGGAAAUACCGGGGUGCUAUCGGCUUUGGAACAAACUUUACACAAGAUCUUCUUUUAAGGGCAACUGAGAAGGUAGUGGAUGAAAGAACGAUUGAUGGGGGUUCAGUCCAUGUCUGGCUAGAUAUGACUAACCAGGAAAUUGCAUUCACCAUCAAACUAAAGGUGCAAGAAGCAUUUGAGGGGUUUGUUAAGGAGGUCCUGGGAAAGGCUUCAUACCUGUUCUCUCUCCCAGUGAAGUUUGAAGAGUCAAUUUGUGGGAAUAAACAUCCUGAUUUUACAACAUUCAUUGUUCCUGGGACAAUCUUAAGCAUCACUUUUUUCUUGGCCCUGGGUUUGACGGCUCUCUCGUUUGUCAUCGAAAAGCGGGAGGGCUUGCUGGACAGAAACUGGGCUGCAGGCGUGAAUUCCCUGGAGCUGAUAUUGGCUCACACCUUUUCCCACCUCCUGACAAUGAUUGUUCAGAUAACAUUGUUACUCAUCUUUACAUUCCUUGUUUUCAAGGUUCCCAAUGAAGGCUCCUUGUUUCUGAUAGUAAUCCUGGUCUUAAUGCAAGGCAUCACUGGAAUGGCCUUGGGGCUUGUCAUCUCGGCUUCAUUUGAUGAUGAGCAGUCAGCAGCCCAGCUUUCCCUAGGUAUCUUCUACCCUUGUAUUGUUCUGAGUGGAAUCGUUUGGCCCAUUGAAAGUAUCCCGUAUCCCCUGAGGUACGUUAGUUUUAUUUUGCCACAAACAUAUGCAUCAGAAGCGCUCCGAGGUAUAAUUGAUCGAGGAUGGGACUUCUCUCACUGGCUGGUAUGGAGUGCGUUUCUAAUUACUCUGGCUUGCAGUGUGUUUUUCCUUACCUUGGCAACAGCAAUAAUGAAAAUAAGAAAAUACCAGUGGAACAACAUAGAGCAAGUGUGUAGCACUUACCUGGAAAGACCAUCUCCUGAGUAACUACACGUCCCAGUAGGGGUGGGCACACUUGUUAAGUUGAAUUUGAGUGAGAUUGUAAAUGUGAAGAUGAAUAUUUGUCCUGCUGCUUUUAACAUUUUCUCCUGAUUUUAUCAAAUGCUCAGAUGGAAAACAUUUGUAAUGAACAUGAAUAUGUUGUCAUUCUCAUGAUGUACAUCUAUCAUUUUUUCUGAUUGUUGCAUUAGAAACUUUGUUGAACUGUUGUUGCUUGAUUGUUCCUGCUCAGCCUUCACCCUUUAAACUGUGACAAUCUGGUAAAGGUGAUGGUACAGAAUUGCUUACUGCUGAAAAAGAGAGACAUGACAAAGCAUUCUUGUUUUACUCUCAUCAGGACAGGUGCAGGAGCGCCGAAUUUCAAAGGGAACAACAAUUUAUUGUACAGUAAGGUGCACCAGGCAAUAAUGGUGCCCCCUGGACACAUUCCUUGUGUUUGCAGAGGACCACACCCUGCAGAUGAGUAUGUACAGAUUCCAACUAGUGGGAGUCAAUCCCAUUGCAAGAUCAAUUGAUCUCACUGGAAUGUAUAAUAUUCAUAAGGGUUUUGACAGGAAUAAAAACAAAGUUGCUGGGAGAGCUCAGCAGGUCUGGCAGCAUCUGUGAAGGAGAAAACAGAGUUAAUGUUUCGGGUCCGGUGACCCUUCCUGAUUUACAGCAUCUGCAGUUCUUUUGGUUUUUAUUUCGGGUUUUGACAGGGCUGGUUUUGUGAAAAUGUUUCCCUUGGCUAUCUGGAAUAUAGGUCACGGUCUCGGAAUGAGAUCUCAAUCAUUUAGAACUGAACUGAGAAGAAAUUUCAUGACCUGAAGGGUUGGGAAUAGCUGGAAUUCUUUCACCCAGUGUGUUCUGGAUGGUCACUCACCAGGUAUAUUUAAGAUGGGGAUCAAUAAAUUCUUGGGUAUCAGGAGAAUUGAGGGGGCUAUGGGAACAGAUUGGAGUUGAGGCAGAAGAUUGGCCAUGAUCAUAUUGAAUGGAACAGAGGGUUGUAUUGCCUGCCCUAACAUGUGUUUAUUAUGGCCCCAAGUGUCUACACAACUGGGAUAGUGCCCCAUAACAAAAACAGGGAGUGCUGGAGGAACCUAGCAGAUCUGACAGUACCUGUGGAGAGAG